AUGGUGGUGGAGAUGAGGGUGCAACAUAGUGUUACUAUUUUUGAGAACCAAUUUGAAUUUAUGCCGGGACGGUCUAUGAUAGAAUCCAUUCACCUAGUGAGGAGAUUGGUGGAGCAGUAUAGGGAGUGGAAGAAGAAGUUACAUUUGAUAUUCAUCGACCUAGAGAAGGCCUAUGAUAAAGUCCCGCGAGAGGUUCUAUGGAGAUAUAUGGAGGCUAGUGGUGUCCUGGUAGCGUACAUUAGGGCAAUUAAGAAUAUGUACGAGGGAGCAAAGAAUCAGGUGAGGGCUGCGAGAGGAGACUUGGAUUAUUUCCCAGUAGAGAUGGGGUUACAUCAGGGAUCGACUCGUAGCCCAUUUUUGUUUGCAUUAGGGUUAGAUGUUCUGAUGCGUAACAUACAAGGAAAGGUGCCAUGGUAUAUGCUAUUUUUUAAAGACAUAGUCUUGAUUGAUGAGACACGAGGCAGAGUUAAUGCUAAGUUGGAAGUUUAG